CACACACACACAGAGAAACACAAACGCACACACACCGUUGUAAAAUAAAGACAGCUGAGCUGACGGAUCUCGGUUCGUUCCUCGGAACAGCAACACAAUACCGAAGUGUUUCUACCGCCAUGGACCAUACGAGAAGACUUCUGCUUUUGCUAAUGUUGCCAGCUGUGAUUGCAUUGGACGGUUGGGACGAUUCUGAAUGCGACCUUCAAAGAGAAGUUAUUCCCAGCGAUUCUAAAUGCUACAUUCAAAGACCAAUUAUUCCCAGAGAAUUCUUGGAUAUGAUGAAACAGAGGACACUUGAAUCGCUGACUGAGAGAAAGAAAGGUCCUCAGAUAAGGCCCACCUCCAUGGAUCCAUCCAUUCCUUUCCCUCCUGCACGUCCAACCAUGAACAACAUUAUUGCCAUCUGUCACUAUAGUAAUCUUCGCCCUCGGUAUACUAAAGACAUUCUACCUAAAAAUGGCUUUGGUUACCUGUACCGUCAGGCAAGUGCUGUUAAUCAGUUGGAGUCGUGGUUCUCUGUGUGCUGCAGUAAUGGCACUCAAGAUGAGGAAAUGCUUCUGUGCUGUGCAAAGCAGGCGUGGGAGAUUUCACUUUCCAACUUUUGUAAAGAGGAAUUCAGCAUUAAGACCAGUCACUAUUACUGCUGUAAGAGAAAUGAUCAGGAAAUACUGGACUGCUUUGAGGAAGCCGCUCCAAACCCAUCAUAUCAGCCCCCUGACGAGAAAGUGUCACCAACCCGUGAUUUUAACUUUAACUCCAGUAGCUGUGGGAAAACAAGUGCUUCAGAGAUCAUUCCCAAUCCAGAGAUGGUGACUGAACACAAAGCUCACAGGAGGAUGAAACAGAGAACAGUGACCCAUCAGAUUCCAAAAUUUGUACAAGAGGAAGAUGUAUUACCACAUCAUGAGUCUAGUCUCUCCAUAUGGCCACCCAUUACUUUCCCUCUUGCCCGUCCAACAACAACCAACAUCCAUGCCAUCUGUCAAUACAGCAACUACCGUCCCCGGCAUUCUAAGGAUAGGCUACCUAGUAGUGGCUCUGGCCACCUGCAUCGUCAAGCCAGUGCUGUCAAUCAACUGGAGUCCUGGUACACUGUGUGUUGCACUAAUGGCAACCAAGAUGUUGAGCUGACUCUGUGUUGUGCACAGCAGGCGUGGGAGAGGUCACUCUCUAAUUUCUGUGAAGAGGAAUUCAGCAAUAAUACCAGUCCCUAUCACUGCUGCAAAAAGAAGGAACUAGCAAGAUGGGACUGCUUUGAGAAGGCGGCAUCAGAUACAUACAAUUCCUCUGGGUCUGAGGCACAGUACUCAAAUCUAGACUUGAGGAGCAUUGAUUUUGUCCCUAAAAGCUGCCAGAAAACAAGUAUUUCAGGGGCUAUUACAAAGAGGGAGAUUAAAAAGGAUCUCAUCAGCUUUCCCCCUGGUCGCCCAAAUGCUGGCAACAUUGAACCAAUUUGUACUUUUCACAAGGAUCGUCACCACCUCUUCACCCACUGUUUGCCUCAGACAGAAUAUGACUGGUUUGGUCAUCAGAUAAAGGCUAUCAAUAACCUGGAAAAAGGCUUUGGUAAAUGCUGUAAGCAGAACAAACAUAUCCAAGUCUGCACUGAGGAAAAGUGGAAGAAGAUGGUGGAUAGGUUCUGUAAGGAUGAGAAGAAGAACCAAGCAAACCAGUAUAAAUGCUGUAAAAAGCAAAGAGGAGAAGCGCAAUAUGAUUGUUUUAGUACUGCUGCCCCAGAUCCUCAGUACAUGCCCAAGAAAUACUUUGGCCCAAGACCCAGUCUUGAUAUGUUUUGUGUUAUACACCAAACUCUUCAGAAAAUAAAACGUUUCCCUUUCAAUGUUGCUGAAAUGGCUGAAAAGUGCUGCAUCCUAGUGGAAGAUGAGAGGUCUACAUGUUUACAGAUACAGCUUAACAUACAUUUGGAUGAUGCUUGCAAAGCAGACAACCCAUCGGUCACACAAGUAAAGCAAAAUUGUUGUAGGAAGGCUGCCAAGGAACGCACCGAAUGCCUCACCAAGAUUCUCUUACAUAACAUUGCUAAAGCCACAAAGGUUACAUGGAGAUGUCCAGACUAUACAUAAAAAAACUGCUUAUUCUGAUUCCUUCAGUCAUUAUGUUGAGCCAGUACACUUAGUAUGAAAAAAAUAUAUUGUGCUUUUAUAUUGUAAUUAUAAUUGAUGUUGAACUUUUGAUUAUAGCAACACUGUUUUUAUACCAAUAUCAUUUACUUUAAUGAACCUGUUCUGGGCAGGUGUCUUCACCUACCAAUGGGUCCUUUUUUUUCUUAUAUAUCAUUCUUCUACAGCUGCAUGGAUGGAUUAUAUUUACUUUAUCUGCUCACAGAACAUACAAUUACAGAAACAAAUUAAAUAAAACACUUUGCAUAUUUUCUA